GCGUAAUCAAAAUUUUGGAGUUUUGAGUUAUAAUUUUCUAAUAAAUAAACUAAUUUCGCAUGCGUUUACGCUACCGUUGGUAGUGUUUCUGGGCUAGCGCGUGAUCUGUGAGACGCGAGGUCGCGAGGCGGGAGCAGAAGUGGCAGAACAUAAAUAUUGAACAUGCGGUGUUGUGUGCCUUUCUGCAGGAGCACUGCAGCCAAUGUGCGCACAGCAGAGGGCAGACGCAAGGACGAGGGGAUUACUUUUCACGGUUUCCCUAGUGAAGCAUGUCUACGUGCAGCUUGGCUCAGAGCCCUCAGCAAACAAGACACUGACCUGCCAGACUCUGCUGUGGUCUGCUCGCAGCAUUUUCUAAGUGAUGACUUCAGUGAGACAGAAAGUGGCUCGAGGCAGAUUGCUCCUGGCGCCAUUCCUUCAACAGUGCUGGUCUGCACAAUGUGCCUGGACAGUGACAGCAAGCAGUUGCCAAUGAGUAAAUACAAGUUGGAUGAGGCAUACCAACAGUUUAUUGGUCUUCCUUUGUGUGAUCGAGGGAACCUGCAACAAACACUUUGUGUACGAUGUGCUCACAGACUGAUAAACGUCACCAGAUUUAGAGACGACAGCUUGAGAACCCGCUCACUGAUGAAGGGCUUAGUUGAGAAAAAUGAACUUAUAACAAACCUACACAUUAAACUAAUAACCCGGGACCAAAAUCUCGUAAAAAGUAAGUUUGUGAUUACAACAAUAGCUCCCGACUACUGUGACCUACACAUUGUAGAAGAGCAUUAUGAAGAACAAACAGAAUCUGAAGAAACAGAAAGUGGUGAUGAAAAAUUUGUGAAAAAUGAAGACAGUCUUGACUCUAUGUUCGCUGAUGGAGACUUGGGAGUGAAGAAUGAAUUUUAUGAAUCAAAUGGACCUGACGACAGCAAAGCGUGGAGACCAAGGCUACUGGAUGAAGUCCUCCAACAGGAGCAAGCAGCUUUGAAGUCUACGGUUGCAUGUUUGACCAGAAUACAGGAUCCGUUGAUGUUUGCAGAUGAGACUGUCACGUGUGCACUUUGUUUAGGAGAGUUUGUCAGUGAGCAAGAGUUCAGUGAGCACAUGACCAUGCACCGUCAGACCAGCGAUGUUGACAGCGAAUGUGUGACGUCACAAGUGUGUGAGCCUGCUGCAGCUGCGAGCUCUGGCUGGCACUCGGCGCCCCUCAUUGAGCACAAGUUAAUGUACUGUAGCAGUGACGCUGACAGCGAAUGUGUGACGUCACAAGUGUGUGAGCCUGCUGCAGCUGCGAGCUCUGGCUGGCACUCGGCGCCCCUCAGUGAGCACAAGCAUGCAGUUCAGAGCCUGGACGAUGACUCUCCCCCUCCCACAGACUUGGCUCUACCUUCAGGUAUUCCAUUGCACGUGAUAGCUGCACCUAACGAAGACGAUUUAUUGAAGAAAAGUGGAAAAGGACUCCUAAAUGAUAGCGAACUAAAUAAAUCUGAUAGCAGCAACAAAAGUACAGACAUUAAUAUAUCUACACAUGAAGUUAAACUAAAUAAUAUAUUGAAAGAACAUGAUCCGAUAGUGUCAGUUCCAGCAACAAGUGAGAAUGACGUCACAACAACAUUCAAGAAACAUGAUAAAAUGCCUUAUUCUUGUAAACAUUGCGAAUAUACAUCUAAAUGGAAGGGCCACAUUGUGGUGCAUAUGCGAAGGCACACUGGUGAAAAACCAUUCUCAUGUGAGAUUUGUGACUUCAAGGGUAUUCAAAAAAGUAGCCUGGCGAGACACAUGCGAACUCACAUUGGUAAAAAGAUUUUUUCUUGUAACCAUUGCGAGUACACAUCUAAUUGGAAGGGCAACAUUUCGGUGCAUAUGCGAAGGCACACUGGUGAAAAACCAUUCUCAUGCGAGUUUUGUGACUUCAAGGGUUUCCAAAAAAGUAGCCUGGAGAGACAUAUGCGAACUCACAUUGGUGAAAAGACUUUUUCUUGUAAGCUGUGCAAAUAUAAAUGUACUGCUGAAAGUAAAUUAAUGGUACACAAUAUAAGAAAACACACUGUUGAUAAGCUUUAUACUUGUGAAAUAUGUAAUUAUAAAUGUCUCCAUAACUCCACCUUGGUGACACACAUGAAAGCACACAUGGGUGAUAAGCCUUUUUUAUGUCACUCGUGCGAGUAUAGAUGUGUUUCGAAAAGUAAUUUAAUAGUACAUAUGCGUACCCACACUGGUGAAAAGCCAUAUUCAUGUAAAUUAUGCGAGUACAAAUGUACUAAAACAGAUCAUUUAGUAGUACACAUGCGCACUCACACUGGUGAAAAGCCAUACGCAUGUAAUAUAUGUGAUUUUAAAUGUACUACAAGAGGUAGCCUAAGGGGUCACAUACGUACUCACACUCGUGAAAAGCCAUAUUCGUGUAAUUUAUGCAAGUACAAAUGUGCUACAGCAAGUACUUUAGUAGGACAUAUGCGUACUCACACUGGUGAAAAACCAUACGCUUGUGAUAUGUGUAAGUUUAGAUGUUCUGCAAAAGCUAGCCUAGUGGGACAUAUGCGAGCUCACACUGUUGAGAACGCUUACUGUUGUAACUUCUGCGAGUUCAGAAGUAACUAUAAACGUGGGCUAGGGGUCCAUAUGCAGCAAUCUCAUGCUGGUGAAAAGCGGUUUUUUUGUAAAUUAUGCGAUUAUAAAUCUGAUAAGAAAAGUUACCUUAAGAAGCAUAUGGAAAAAAAUCACUAAGUACUAAAAAUUCAUCAGGGGUACAUAAAUAGAAAUAGUGUUAGUAGUAGAAAGUAAUAGAAAUAAAUAGAAAAAGAGUUAGAAGUAGAAAGUAAUAGAAAUAAAUAGAAAAAGAGUUUCUCGAUUACGGAUUGUAUUAAUAUUGUGGAGGGGAGGUUUUUUUACGAAGUCGUUGCAACAGUGAUUGUAUAAAUAAGUGGGUAUUUGAUGUCUUGAGCUCAGUUGUUUGUUAGGCAGCGUGGACACCGUCACGCUGCUAGUCGCGUUAGUAAUUUUGUGCAAUAAUGUUUUGUGUGUGUUACUAUUGAUAAUGUUUUAUGUUGUAAUUAUCUAUACUAAUAUAUAAAGCCGAAGAGUUUGUUUGUUUGUUUGAACGCGCUUAUCUCAGGAAUGGUCCGAUUUGUAAAAUUCUUUCAUAACUUAUUUAUUUUAAAUUAUGUAGUUUGUUUAUAAAAUGUUAAAUAAAAUAUAUUAACCAUAUCUAAUUGUUCUAAGCUUAUUAAUCAAAUCAAAUUUAUUAUAAUUAAUUUAAGAACAAGUUAAUUAUUAUUAAGUGUGAAAUGACUAGUGAUUUAUACCCUUAUUUUUAAUUGGUUGGUAAACAGAACUCAUCAAGAAAUGCUGGUAUAAGUAGGAUGUUUUCGACUUUUGAGCUCACGCUCAACCCGGAAAAGAACGGAUUACUUUUCUGACUUUGAAACUAUACUACAGCCUUUCUUGAUGAUUACUGUUUACCAACAAACAAAUUAAUAAUGAGGAUAUAAAUCAUUAGUCAUUUCACACCUAAUAAUAGUUAAAACUAACUUAUAUAAUGAUUUAUUUAUUUUGCUAUCAUCCGCGAAAAUUCGGCGAACCCAUGCGACAACGUCACCCAGGUCCGACAAAAUACUCUCUACGUACGUUUCACCCGCAAUUGCACGUUGUAGAGUCAACAUCUCCUGAGGAUGCUCCGGUUUCGGGGUGAAACGUACGUAGAGAGUAUUUUGUCGGACCUGGGUGACGUUGUCGCAUGGGUUCGCCGAAUUUUCGCGGAUGAUAGCAAAAUAAAUAAAUCAUUAUAUAAUCAUGAUGAACUUCCGCAAAGUAACGCCUGCUUCUAUCCAAUAAAACUAACUUGUUCUUAAAUUAAUGUAAAUAAAUUUGAUUAAUAAUCUCAGAACAAAUAAAUAUGGUUAAUAUAUUUUAUAUAACAUUUUAUAAACAAACCAUACAUAAUUUAAAAUAAAUAAGUUAUGAAAUGACAGACAUUUUUUACCUUCAUAUUUCUCUGUUGGUAAACAGUGCUCAUCAAGAAAGGCUGGUAAACUAACACAUUGCUAUUUACUCGUGUGUUAUUGUAAGAUCAUCAUCAUUAUCAACCCAUAUUCGGCUCACUGCUGAGCUCGAGUCUCCUCUCAGAAUGAGAGGGGUUAGGCCAAUAGUCCACCACGCUGGCCCAAUGCGGAUUGGCAGACUUCACACACGCAGGGAAUUAAGAUAAUUCUCUGGUGUGCAGGUUUCCUCGCGAUGUUUUCCUUCACCGUUUGAGACACGUGAUAAUUAAUUUCUUAAAAUGCACACACUGAAAAGUUAGAGGUGCAUGCCCCGGACCGGAUUCGAACCUACGCCCUCCAGAAUCGAAGGCAGAGGUCAUAUCCAAUGUGCUAUCGGCUGAUUGUAAGAGUAUUAAUUAUUAAUCUAAAAUUUAAAACACUUUAGCACCGAAGUAAGCUUAGCUUUUGUUAUUGCUUGUAUUAAGUCCCUACAAAUAAGAUGAUGUAGCACCAAUUGCGUUUUUUUUAUUCUUUACAAGUAAGCACUUGACUACAAUCUCACCUGAUGGUAAGUGAUGAUGCAGUCUAAGAUGGAAGCGGGCUAACUUGUUAUGGGAUGGAAAUCCACACCCCUAUCAGUUUCUACACAGCAUCGUACCGGAACGCUAAAUCGCUUGGCGAUACGUCUACGCCGGAAGGGUGGUAACUAGCCACGGCCGAAGCCUCCCACCAGCCAGACCUGGACCAAUUAAAAAAAUCUCAAUCUGCCCAGCCGGGGAUCGAACCCAGGACCUCCGUUUUGUAAAUCCACCGUGCAUACCACUGCGCCACGGAGGCCGUCGACUUUUCAGUUGUGUGCAUAAGAAAUUAAAUAUCACGUGUCUCAAACGGUGAAGGAAAACAUCGUGAGGAAACCUGCAUACCAGAGAAUUUAGUCAAUUCUCUGCGUGUGUGAAGUCUGCCAAUCCGCAUUGGGCCAGCGUGGUGGACUAUUGGCCUAACCCCUCUCAUUCUGAGAGGAGACUCGAGCUCAGAAGUGAGCCGAAUAUGGGUUGGUAACGACGACCACGGCGAUACUCUUGCCAUACUGGAUGUGCACUUUUUACCGAAUGUUAAUAAUGUUUAAUAAAGUUUGUCAGUUUUAAAGUUAUUAAAAAAAAAACAAAUCUUGGAUAUUUUGUACUAUACUUUUUUUCUGUGUUAUUAUGUUUUUUCUUAUGUGGUGUAUAAAUAAAUAAUAAUAAUAA